UUCUUAGCUUGUAGCGCGGCUCAUGUCAAGCUUCUUCCUCGCGCCAAUGGCUGGUGGUUCGUUGUAGUCGCGGGCCAAAACGACGCUUUGAUCCGCAGUGAUUUACGGUGAACUGAACUUAUCGUAUGCUUUUACACGCACCGUCAGCAUUGAGACGUAUAUCAGUCACACUUCUGCUUCUUCGUUCCCUACUAACGGCUUUGAUGAUGGCAAUGACGUAGAGGGUCAUCUAUUCGAAACAACAACUGAGUGACCUUGACCGUGGCCAACUUGAAAACCGCUACACAGGAACUUUCGCUUGAAUCAAACUUAGAGCUGUUUACACGUAAUUCACAAUUAAAGGAAAUAUAAGUUAUUUAACAAACUUCAACGUUCUUAUAAAGUGAAUUACAAACCCUCUGACGGUGAUUGCUGCUCACCUAACGAAGCUAAUAUAAUGAGUGUUACAAAUUUCUACUCCUAUAUAUGGUCACUCCGCGACCCUAGAACGGAAGGCUGGGGUCUUACAGCUGAUGCCAAAUUCGUGUUUCCCGUCUUAGCUUUAUACCUUUAUGUUGUAAAGGUAGCUGGACCACGUUUCAUGAAGCAUCGAAAACCGUAUCAAUUAAAACCUGCCAUUUUAGCAUACAAUUUGUUCAUGGUUGCGGCGAAUCUCUACUUCUUUUGGAAUUAUCUUCGAAGGUCCUAUGCUGGAGGAGGAUAUAAUAUUUUUUGCCAGGGCGUCACCUACGGAACGGAUAAGAAUUCAAUGGAGAUUCUGGAACUGACCUGGUGGUACGUGAUAGUUCGUAUUUUAGACUUCAUCGAUACGCUCUUCUUUCUCCUACGAAAAAAGUACUCGCACAUUUCAACGUUGCACGUAGCGCACCAUUCACUCGUCGUCUUUUCCGGCUGGCUGUGGCUGACGUUCGGAUGUGACGGCCAGGUUCUUCUGGGAAUUUGCUUCAAUGCGUUCAUUCAUGUCAUCAUGUACUCUUACUAUGCGCUUUCAGCACUCGGCCCUCGAAUUCAGCGUCACCUCUGGUGGAAACCACAUUUGACCAAGCUACAGAUUUUCCAGUUCGUCUUCCUUACAGCGCACGUCUGUAUUCCAUUAGUAUAUGACUGUAACUAUCCACGAAUCCUAACGCUCAUCGCAGCAGCGCAAGGUUUACUUGGUCUGACAAUGUUCAUCAAUUUCUACCUAAACACUUAUCGUACCAUGCCCGACGCGUCAUUCUGUACGCUACAAACAGGCAGCAUAUAUGCAGCAACAGAGAAAAUUCUAUCUGGUGGUGAAAUUCUGCGUGGAGACAGAAAAAGGGCCUAGGACAGAGGGAUUGAGAGGCCGCAGUGUUAUGCCUGCUAUUACAGUUAGAACGAGGUACUGCUAGCUACCUCUUAAUACUCAAGGUGGCCUUCUCAGCUGCACAGGUACGUCUUCCCUUGCUUCUCCAUCAAAGGCGUACAUGACCUCGGCGCCUAUAUACAUUUCGAGUAUAAGGGCGGCAAGUAUCCGCAGUUUUUCCAGUAACCAUGUCCGAAGCACGAACAGAUUGUUCGUUUACGUAUGGGAAGGCCGACGGUGUCAGCGAUAUAUCGUAAUAUUCCAGAGGCACCUUCCUCUUUUUGUAUUUAUGUUUCUUUCUAACUCGUGUAACUCGAAUCGACGAGGUCUACUUGUUAAGAAAGGCUUUCCUAUAGAGUCAGAACCUGGCGUGAAUUAAAGUAACUGAUGAAAGAUACUUGAAACAUAUGACGGCGUUGUUUUUACGUUAUUAGGAGCAUUAUUAAAAUUUGGUGACAAAAAAGUGAAUCACGAAAUGUAUACAUUAUAAGUAAUCAAUAUCGACAGAAUGUCUAUAAAUUUAAUGGGUUCAUUAUCGUAUUAUUCCAUAAAGUGUGUUUUGAUUAUAAGGUCAAAACCAGACCUCCUAUAUAAAAUAUAAGUUUUACUUUACUAAGGAUAUCUUGUCGUCAUAUAGUUGUUGCCUGCACGUCAACUUGCGUAGAAACGAGCAUGACUUCUAGAAAUUGUACUGCUCUAAAAUAAUGUUUACUAUGGCUCGUCAUAAGCUGCUUACACCGAUAAGAAAGCACGUUGAUAUUUUAGAAUCCGUUUUAAGUCAGAAUUGUAUCAAAGGGAAGAAAAAAUAAGUCAUUGUACAGUGAGUCGAGAUGCCUCACAUCGAUAGCGAACGUCCCAUACACUCUAAAUUGUCGGCCUGCAAAUUUUUUCCUUGUGGAUCUGUUACGUUGCACUACGACGUGAAGUUCGAUUCGUUUGUUCGCGAUAAGGCGAAGGGCUAUUGUAAGUUUUUAAAGUAAAGUGCAAAGUAAGGUUAAAAGAAAUCAUAAUAUAGUGCGAAGCAUAUCGAUUUGUCCUGCGGGUGGCAAAGGGGCAAUGAUCGUUCCAGUAUGGCGACAACAGCGACUACGAGAGCUGUUACAACAUCGUUGUUGAAAACAUGUUGAAAACAACAACAACAAUAAUAACAAUAAGCAACGUACUCCAAGAAGAGCCAACAGUCUGCUCCCGUAACAGACUAUACUGUGUUACUGGUUCCCAUAUACAAGUGGCGGCCGAAAUUAAACGAAGUGGAAACUAGACGUGACGCGACGCGACAAACUGAAAGGACUGCAAUGCCAAGCCGGUUGUUACCGUGGGGUGCUUUAAUGGAGUGACAUGCAAGUGCUAUAUUUAUAAAGUGACCCCCUCUGGAAGCAGAACUUCUGAGGAUUCAUUUGAUGCUGGCUCCGUACGACCGAAGACAUUAUCGCCGACUGCUAUGAACUGAGUUGGUGGCAGGUUGCCAUCGCGCUCAGCGACAAUUGGACAUCCGCUCUGAUUUAUAGGCUAAAUCAUAACGAUAUAGAUUGAACUUAUGAAGCAGUAUUGAAGAUUUACUACUUACGCUAAAUUAAUACCAGCCAACAGCCGACGGAAAUGGACUAUUCAAAAAGAUUUGAAACGGCAAAGAAACGAGCGAGCGGAUGUAAAAGUUGUCGCAAUAAAAGGCCCAAAACACUUCUUUGUAACUUUGAGGUCAGUCAGAAAGCACUGGCGUUUUUCGGCUCAUUUGAAUAUGUUAUUUUUUUAAAAAAACCAGGUUCUCUUACUGAAGUUAUUGAAGCUAAAAUAGUUUCUUACGACCCUUCUCAAUCAUUAGGACAACGAACGGAUUUUUUGGAGGAAUGUUUAUGAAGGUAAUCGGGUAUUAAGCGAGCCAUAUUCGGACUUUUACCCCUUAUUUUGCUUCAUUUGUUUUCCACGCUGUCCUGUAUAGAUACGAACAAUUCAUAUCGGAGCACAAAAGAAGGUCCCAUUAAAGUCUGUCAGAAUCUUCUAGAAUUGCUUGUUGUCAAGUGUUACUACUCAGCAUGAUCACUUACAUUGCUACAUUUCAGGGUCGUUCUUAGCUCCAUGUUUUAAACAUGACAAAAUUGCCACUCAUGAAGUAAUAACUUGACCAAGUAACUUGAAUUUCAAAGCAAACAUGAACAUUCAACGUACAGGUACCGACGUCCAAAAGUUAUCGAAGCUACAUUUUGAUCCUUCUAAACCUUUUUCGCAUCUAGUUUUUUUUCUAACCCUAUAAAACCUGAAAGUCGUUAUCGUCGCUUUAGGUACACGCUAACUGACGCAAAAUUUCAACAAUCUCACAAAUAUAUUGUCUGCCACGCUUAAUCAACCCAAAUUAGACCGCUUCGAUUUCCAUAACUAAUCACACGGUGUUCUCUGGUCAAUGUUAUAGACUUUGCAAUAUUAGUUUUUGGAUGUCGGGUGGUAGAUCCUACCAUUCCUUAUCUUGACCCUAUGUACAGAUAUCCCGAGGGACAUCGUUGUAUGGGGUAGAACUUCUUACCAGUCGGCCAACGUAGAGUCGGACGUAGAGGUGGGCAAUAGGCUGUUUUAGGCUUAAGUGAAUAUGUUAAUGUGACAUUUUUCAAGUAAAUGAAUGCCUUUUCAAAACUAAAAAUGUAUUUUUCAUACUCGGUGUUUUUAUAUUUCGUGUCUGUUGUAAAACGAAAAAAUAAGACAGUACUGACGUUAUCUGUUUGCUAUGUGAGAUAUAUAUUAUAAUUUCCAACGCUAAUGAA